UCCUUCUCCUCUCUUGUCUUUUUUUGCACCACUUUUUUGCCCAAUCCUUCUUCAUUAUCCUCCCCUUUUCCCCUCCUGACAAUUUAAUUUCUAUUUUAAAUUAUCUUGUCUAUUUCUGUCUCUUUAUCUCCCUCCCUCUAUUUCUUUAUCUCUGUCUUCCAGAUGUCAGGCUUCUUUUUGGUGCAUGUUAUACAUGCACAGCUUAUCCAUGCCCUCGCGAAUCCAGGGGGAUUGCUUGUUUUUUCUAUCUGGAAGGAUAAGGAAUAAAGUAGAAGAAAGAGGAAUAACACAUUGCAGUCACUCAGAUCAUGCCCAGACUGAGGUGUGAAUUCUGGAACAAUCCUGGCCUUGGUGGACUUCGAAGCAGCAGCCCAGUCAGUAAUGACGGAAACUCUUCGAGAGGUCAAAAGGUUAAGGCCCAAAGCAUUAUGGGGCUUCUCACCUUACCCCAGCUGCUACAAUGGCGAUCCCGCCCAAACCAUGUUGGCCAAUUACACCGGCCAAUGCCCUGCUGAGGAGAUGGCCCUCAACGACGAGCUUCUGUGGCUAUGGAAACGAUGCUCCGCCCUGUACCCUCUGCUCACCCUGGAGAAGCUGCAGUGUGGGACCUCUGGAGCCAGACUUCACUUGUCCAGUCAAAUCAGAGAAGCACUACGAAGAGAGUGUCAAGACCUGGCAGAGUUUGUCCACAAAGUCCUGGGACCCUACUCCAUCAACGUAACCACGGCAACUCGACGCUGCUCAGCCUCUCUCUGCCAGGGAAAGGGUCGUUGUGUCCGUCAAAAUCCAGAGAGCUCCGUCUACCUCCACCUCCCAGCGACAUCCAAACUGGUGGAGAAGGUGUCGGAAAAGGUGAGGGAGCGUUGUUGGAGCCAUUUUCUCAUGUGUUUCGUGACUUUGGACUUCUAGGUGGGGCAAGGAUGCUGUAAUUUGAUGUUUGUCCCUAUUUAAUGAGGCGAAGUGGGAGGCCAGGUGUUGCAAAUUGGCGAUAGAAAACAGUUUUUUGACCGUCUACAGUUGAGCCACCACGUCUUGAUGUGAGCUACGUCUCAAUGUAAAUACCAUCUGAACGUGAUGCAGAGGAUCCAAAAUAAAACUUGACAAAUACACUGGACUCUGAAACUUACUACAAACGCGUCGGAACCUUCGUCAAUGCGCAGCCUGUAGUGCCUCUUGUUAAACAGGUAACGGGGGCAUUACAAGCGUAAUUUUAAGCCAAUUUCAUGAUGUAUCUGUGCUGGAUUCAUAAAGCUCCGUCUAUAAAUUGUAUUCCAGAUGUCAUUAAUUCUGAAUCCCAAUUCUACAAUCAGCCAAAAAUAGAUGACGACAUGAGAUCCGUUGUUCAGAUCUAAAACACUCUUUCCGUCUCCGGUGACCCAAAGAGUCUUAUUCCAGAUGAAGCUUUUUCAGUUUCCGCUAAUUAGCAACUCAAAGCGAAAACGCCUGCAGUCGAAAGUCAAGUUUACGCGACACAACAUUCAAAAUUGUCAGAUCGCUCAACUGUUCUCAUUACACAACCUGUUGACUUGUAAUUGUUUUUUACACAUUACAUGACUGAUCCGCCACGGUGGGAAAAAAGCUGCAAGAUAAGCC